AUGUCUGUAGUGGUUGCCAGAAGUGAGGAGUCCCCUCCUCUGGAAACUCUUGAUGCUCGUCCGUCAGUACCAGGACAGGACUGGGCUAGAGAUAAUUGGUAUAAUUUGCAGAGUGUGACAGACCGCAUGUGUUCGUUGCUUAAAGAUGCCAGGCUUAAGGCUGGUAAAGGUAAAGCUAUAGUGUGUGCAGUAUUGGGAGCUAGCUUGGCAGCAGCGGUGCGAAGCCGAGCUGACCAGCAGCUUCACGAUUGCCAUUUGAUCACGUCAUUGCGAGACAUGGUUGACUUGUUGCGAGAUCGUGUGUAUGGUCUUAAACAUGAGAUUGCUGAUCUUAAGUCAAGGUUGGAGGAGGAGCAGGAGCAAAAUUCGCUGUUGAAGCAUGCUUUGUUUGAUGAGUUAUCUGCGCGGUGUGACACUGCAGCGGAAGCUGCUGUUGAAAUGAGUGAAAAGGGCAUUCGGUAGGUAGCCCCUAUUUACCCCCAGCAGGAACUCCGACAAGCUAAGGCUAAGAUAGAAGGAGUCCCUUGCUUGCGUCCUCUUGUUAAAACAGAAUAUAGUUACGAGGAUAAUGAUGAUUUUCGACCUUCUAUUGUAACUAAGGAAAUUCCCUACUCAGCUACGGAGUUAGCUAAACUGAAGAAGGAAUUUGGGAGGAGUCCUAAAGAAUCUGAAACUGAGUAUGUUUGGCGUGUCUCAAUGAUGGGUGGGGAUCAAAUUUUAUUGACUGAACAGGAAGCUGAGGGAUAUUGAGGACCAGGAGUAUUUUUAACUACUGGAGACAGAAGGGCUCCUUGGUUACUUACACAGCGGGUAGCCUACUGGGCUGGAGGAUUGAACCCCUUGGAAAGGGGUGACGCAUUAGCCAUUGUGGGAACCAUGGAUCAAUUGUUAGAAAGUGUGCAGAAAGCUGCUUGUCUGCAAAUGAUGCAUGAUCGGCAGCUGAAUCCUAAUCAAGAAUCCCCAAUGUUGUUAUUGGUAGAUCCAGAACGCAUGACUCCUUUAACCCGAGGACUUCCUGAUGCUCUUAGACCUAUUGCUAUUCAAUUGCAAAGACAAAUACAAACCACUACACCCUUAGAACGAUCUGAGGCUGCAUCUUUGGCACAAGACCUUAGGUCCCAAAGAUCUAAAGUAUGGACCUGGGGGGAUGUGGCCCAAGAACUUAUUAAUUACAAUAGAAAAUAUGGGCCUGUUAACACCUCUGGUCUUCGAUCAGAUAAAAAGGAAAUUCGGUGGGCGACUCCUCAGCCUUCCCCGGUGAAGGGUGAAGCAAUAGAAUCUCAAACAUUGGCGACUACAAAAGUACACGAUCCUAGCAGGAAUAGGCAAGCACUUUGGGCUUUAGGCUGGCAGAAGGGUGUUCCACAAAACUUGAUGCAUGGACUUUCUACAGGAAUCCUAAAAAAACUGGUGCUGUACUGGCCAGAUAAGCCCCAUAAGCCCUUCAAGGGAACUAGCAAGACAAUGGAAAAAGCGGAUGCCCCUCCUCUCACAGAUUUUAUCGAGUCAAACCCUAACCCAGCAGGGAAUCAGGGAAACUAG